GGAAUUGACGUUGUAUUGUUGUGCGUUUAUUUAAGUCUUCCCUCGGUUACCCGACCACCAGCUAUCACAAGUUUGCUGAGAAAUAACAUUAAGCUGCAUUGAAAAUGCCGUGUGGCAAAAACUUUAGGAGGAGAAGGGACUCGUCAGAUGUAGAGGAAGAUGAGACAACUGAAGAAGUCAGAUCAAAAGUAGAAGAAGCUAAAGAGCUUCAGAGUCUGCGGAAACGACAGAACGGAGUGAGUGUGACCGCCCUGUUGGUUGGAGAGAAACUGCCCCCAGAGGCCGAAAUUGAUAAUGACCCAUUUAAACUGAAGACUGGAGGGGUUGUAGACAUGAAGAAAGUCAAAGACAGGAACAGGGACAUGACAGAAGAGGAGACAGACCUCAACCUGGGCACCUCUUUCUCUGCUGAAACUAACAGAAGGGACGAGGAUGCGGACAUGAUGAAAUAUAUUGAGACUGAGCUAAAAAAGAAAAAGGGCUUGGUGGAGGCUGAAGAACAGAAAGUUAAGGUCAAGAAUGCAGAGGACCACCUGUAUGAGCUGCCCGAGAACAUCAGGGUCAACUCUGCCAAGAAGACCGAGGAGAUGUUAUCCAAUCAGAUGCUGAGCGGGAUCCCUGAAGUCGAUCUUGGCAUUGAUGCAAAGAUAAAAAACAUUAUCUACACAGAAGAGGCAAAAGCCAAGCUUCUGGCAGAACAAAGGAACAAGAAAAAAGACCACGGCACAUCAUUCGUACCAACCAACAUUGCUGUCAACUACGUCCAGCACAACCGCUUCUAUCAUGAGGAUGUGAAUGCACCACAGAGGCAUCACAGACACAGAGAAGAGCCCAAGGCACGACCGCUGCGUGUGGGAGACACUGAGAAACCUGGCCCAGAAGCAUCCUCCCCACCCAACUACCGCAAACGUCCAAACAAUGAAAAGGCCACAGAUGACUACCACUAUGAGAAAUUCAAGAAGAUGAAUCGACGAUAUUGAGAGACUGCGUGUUUUUUUUUUUUUUAUUACUUUUUUUUAAAAACUCAACAAGAUGUCCAUUUUUAAAGAAAUUGAGAUAGGGAUCAUUUGUAGACUGGUUUCCCAAAACUGUUAACGACAGAACUCCCAAGACAGUGUUGUACUUUGUAAAUAUUGUAUAUAGCUGAGUGUCAUUAUCUGUAGGCAGUACAUCUGCUUAGUAAUGUUACGUUAAAGGAUAAUUUGACCCGAGUAAAUCGUGUUGCUCACAUUGUUCAGGAUUGUCUGAUAAAUAAAUAAGACCGGAAUAUGUUAACAUGAGAAUUGUGCAACCGAAUGGUAUUCCUGCUCUGAGUUGUUCAGCGUUUUCUUUUUAGUCCACUUUGAAGUCUCGACUUUCAGUUGUAGAAUUGUUUCUAAGCCUUUCAAAAACAGAUUUGAUUAAAAAAGAUCAAACCAA